ACUGAGUUAUAAGAUUAUAUUCCCUUUCACUUUUAUUCUUUAACUUUAACUUCCUCUCUCAGUCCUAUAAAGCUGCCAAGCUAUUUGUUCCUUGUUUAGUCCUGCAAGAUAUCUCUCUAUAUCCAACUUAGUCAAAAUUCUCUUUCCCCUUUAAUCAUUUCCAAUUGUUUACUUCCUCCUUCUGCGAAAUCAUAUAUAGAUAUCAUCAUCAUAUGAUCAAAUUGGUUGAUAUUUAUAUAUAACUGAGAUGGGGGGUCAUGAGAAUGCAAUGGGGUUUCAUCAUGGAAAUGAGAGCAUUCUGACAAAUAAUGUUAAUGUCUCAGAAAUGGAUAUGAGUUCUUCUAUGUCAUUGGCUAAGUCUUCUUCUUCAGAUGUUGUUGUACCUAAUAGUAACCCUUUUCUUGCUUCUUCUUCUUCUUGGGAUCCAAUUGUUUCCUUAAGCCAAUCUCAAACUUUUGGAGGGUCAUCAAUGGUUACUACUCACAAUAGUGAUUUUGGAAAUUCUUCAUCUUACCCUUUUGUUCAAUAUAUGUCUGACUCAACCAAUCUUGAGGGCAUUAUGGUCCACAAAAUUCCAUCUUUUGGUAGUGGAAACUUCUCAGAAAUUGUUGGAUCCUUUUGUCAAGAAGGGUCUUCUGAUAUACCUAACAUGGGGUUUAGACCAAGUUAUAAUCAUGGCAAUGAUGCUGGAACCGAAAGAGCUCCAAUGAAUGAACAAUCUCAGGUUGAGGACUCAAUUACUGAAGAUGGUGCACCAGGAACUGCACCUAGUGGAAAUCGAAGAAAGCGCAUGCUUGAUCAUGAUUCUUCUUUCAGUCCAAACAAGAAUGCUGGUGGCGAUGAACUGAAAGACUCUCCAAGGACGAUAUCUGAUGGUGCUAAAGAACACGAAAAGAAGGCGAAAGUCGAGCAGAAUGUGAGUGCUGAUUUGCGAGGCAAGCAACCGGCAAAGCAAUCAAAAGAAAAUUCUCCAAGUGGAGAAGCUCCUAAAGAAAAUUUCAUCCAUGUGAGAGCAAGAAGGGGUCAAGCUACAAACAGUCACAGCCUUGCAGAAAGGGUGAGAAGAGAAAAGAUUAGUGAGAGAAUGAGAUUGCUCCAAGAACUUGUUCCAGGGUGCAACAAGAUAACUGGCAAAGCAGUAAUGCUGGAUGAGAUUAUAAACUAUGUGCAGUCUCUGCAGCAACAAGUUGAGUUUUUGUCCAUGAAACUUGCCACAGUGAACCCGGAACUGAAUUUUGACGUAGAACGGAUCCUGUCGAAGGAAAUUCUUCAAUCGCGCUUAGGACAUGGAAUUGUUGGAUAUGGUGUUGGUAUGAGCUCCCCUCACCCAUUCUCCAAUGGAAGUUUUCAAGGAAACAUGGCUGGCAUGCCUAGUACAUCAACACAAUUCCCUCCUUUGCCUCAGGGUGUUUUGGACCAUGAGUUCCAAAGUCUUUAUGGAAUGGGGUAUGAUCCUAAUACAGCACUUGACAAUUUGGGACCAAAUGUGUCAUGCUUAUCAGGAAGAUUGAAGACAGAAUUAUAGUGCGUGGAACAAUUAGGCCAUGCCUCUUCGACACAUCGGAAUCUUCCAUUCGACUGCACAACUAUUUAACUGAAGUUCAAAGGAAGGGGAAAAAAAUAGAAGGGGGGAAGAAAAAUAAAGUUCUUUUAGUUGUAUAGGAUCUUUUUUUUUAAAUACCUAACUAUUGGCUCUUCGAAUUUUUAGAAGAAGAUGACUUGUUAGAUUUUGUGUUGUUUGGAAGGGAAGGAAAAAGAAAUGAUAGUUACACAUAUCUUGUGUAAUUUAAGAACAAGUUGAAGUGGUGUUAGUCUAAUGAUGACUUGGAGGGCAAGUAAUUUGAGGAGCAUAUAUUGGAGUAGUAGUAAAAAGUGUGUGCAACUAAUAACUAUCAUUAUUACUCUUAUGAAAUGUUAUUGUAUAGAGUUGCAAGGCUUUGGACAUUUUUGGAGCUCAAUAUUUGCUUCAAUUUGUGUUGGAGAUGUUAGAUAUAAUGUGUACUCUUGUUUUUUUGUAAUGGUUUUAUGGGUUGUUCCUU